UGUGUUUGUUGUGUUUUUUUGUGAAUCUAAUUAUUUUCAUUAUCAGAAAUUGAUAUGAAAAUUUGUGACAAACAACGCAGUAUACAUAAACUGGCUAUAUAACAAAAACAAAACGAAAAAUUUUUUUUUUGUCAUUUUAAUAACAUAGUCCGAUGGUAUUUAUAAACUUUGAAUAAAACGACGAUAAUACAACGAUAAUGGCUAAUAAGCAAAUAAUUUUGGUUACCGGAUCCAGUGGUUGUCUUGGCCAACAUGUUGUUCGUCUAUUGCAUGAACAAGAUGAUUGUGUACAGGAAAUUCGUUGCUAUGAUCAGAAACCAUUUCCAAAUAAUCUAAAACACAAAAUAACAAAAGAAAUGCAAAUCAUAACCGGAGAUAUACGUAAUGAAAAACAAUUGACAAAUGCAAUGAAUGGUGUCAAUGUUAUCAUACAUUGUGCUGCAUUGAUCGAUAUUAGUUUGACACCAAAUGAAACGGAAAUGCAAUCAAUAAAUGUUGAUGGUACACAAAAAUUACUUGAAAUGGCCAUAGAAAAUAAUGUCGGAUAUUUUGUCCAUGUUUCCGGUACUGAAGUAAAUAUUGGCAAUGAUCCAAUAUAUUAUAGUUCAGAGAAUACAAUUAUUAUACCGAAAAAACAUUUAUUGGAUCCAUAUUCCAAAACAAAAGCCAAUGCUGAAGAAUUGGUACGUGAAUUUAAUGGCAAAAAAUUGGCCAAUGAUAAUGAUCGAUUAAAAACGGUAAUAUUACGUCCAAAUAUAAUGUAUGGUGAAGAAGAUAAUCAUUUUGUAACGAAAAUAUUGGCCAUCACUAAAGCCAAUGGUGGCCAAUUACGACGUUUGGACAAUGUAUUUACACGUAUGCAACCGAUAUAUGUGGGCAAUGUUGCACAUGCUUGUUUGAAAGCAAAAAAUCGUAUACAAAUUGAUCAGAAAAUAUCUGGUGAAGAAUUCAUUAUAACGGAUGAUACAAAAAUAUUGGAUCCAUUUGAAUUUGUUGAACCAUUCAUUAAGGCACGUGGAUUUCAAAUGACCAAACGUGUCUAUCCAUAUUGGUUAUUCAUCAUGGUAUUCACAUUAUAUUGUUGGCUAUGUAAAAAAAUUGGUAAUAUUUUACCAUUACGAAUACCGGCUAAUAUGACACCGGAAACAGUAAAAUUUAUUUGCAAUACAUAUUUCUUCAAUCGUACUAAAGCAACAUUACGUCUAGAUUAUGAUCCAUUAUAUGAUCAUGAUGAAUCUGUUAGUCGUAGUUUGGAAUUUUAUAAAAAAUGUCCACUUUAAUAUUAUGUUCAUUCAUUCAUGUUUGUGUUUGUUUAUUGCAAAACAAGA